AUGGGCGACAAGGUCUGCCUCUACGACGGCUGUAGCACUACCAGCAAGGCGAAGGGGGCAGCCAUGAUGAUGGGCAUUGCCAUUUGCCACAUUGCGAAGAAGAAUGACGACCGGGACGAUUUCUCGCGCGUCGUGAGGCAGGACAAGGCACGGGACGCUGAUGCGGAUGCCACAGGGGGAGGCUACGCAAGGUCUGGUCCGCCGUUCGAUGCGGAAGCUAGCCCAGCACUCCCUUUCCAGCCAGCGCCGGAGCCCCAGAGGCAAGACCCAGGGCCCCUCUCUGGCGAUAACAAUAUCGACUCGUUCGACGACAGCCUCCCGAAUGGCAAGGACAACAACACAUCCUCAUCGAUCCCACCCGUGUGGCCAGCGCCUCCACCAAAUCAAACAAGCCGACCAAUCUGA